AUGGACUGGGUCCCCUUUUUGCUCCCAAGCAUGAUGCUUCCCAUUAUUCUCCAAGUGGCCUGCAGUCUGUCCGGCUGGCUCUUCCUCUAUGCCAUCUUCUGCUCCUGGAAUGAGAAUCGGUCUUACGAAUGGAGCUGCCGCCUGGUCACUCUGUCGCACGGAGCGGUUGUCACCUUCCUCUCAGGUUACAUCGUUCUAGUGGAUGGCCCCUCACCUCUAACCCAUGCAGGGUCACCAAACACACCCCUGCAGGUCUGCGCCUUCUCCAUCGCCUUGGGCUACUUCAUCUUUGAUUUGAGUUGGUGCUUGUACUUCCAGACGGAGGGGAUCCUCAUGCUGGCCCAUCACGCACUGAGCAUCUGCGGCAUGGCGAUCGUGCUGGGGAUCGGCCGGUCAGCCACUGAGGUCAAUGCUGUUGUUUUCGUCAGUGAGAUCACCAAUCCAUUGCUGCAGGCUCGCUGGUUCCUGCGGGAGACGGGCCGCUACCACAGUUGGCUGGGGGGCAUGGUGGACUUCUUCUUUGUGCUCCUUUUUCUAGUGCUGCGGAUUGGAGCGGGAGCCUGGAUCAUGUACGCUAUGGUUACCUCACCAGAGCCCAUGUGGCUACUCAAGGUUGGAGGCCUGGCCAUGUACAUAGUGUCUUUGGGGUUCAUGGUUAAAAUUUGCAGGUUUGCUAAGAGGAAAAUGAUGAAGAAGUACAAUGCUUGGAAGAGCAUGAAGAGCAAGGACACAGGUCUUCUCUCAACAGCUAAUGGAGAGGUGACAGCUCAUUAACCUGGGAAUCAUAUGGGCCAUGGGCCUAGCCUGAGUAUAGGAGUCCUGACUUGGGACGUCCAGUCUUGCAAGAAGGAAGACGUCUACAUUAGCAGCCAUGUGAGAUGGACCAUGCAGCACUGGCUGUGAACUGCUAGUGUUGGAGGAGAAGCACUCAGCUGGAGCUGUGGGAACACAGAAAAAGCUAAGGGAGGAAGAGCAAGUUCCUUGCCAGUCUGACCGAGUCAGUUCGACGGUUAUGUCUGCAUCCUCAUGCAAAUGGAUCCUGAACUUGUAGCAGUGCGACGUCAGUGAUGUUGCUCUGGCAUUGCACUAGCAAACGGAAAUUGAAACGGUUCCUGUUGUCUUGAUAAAUUUCCAGGUAGGGAAAUGUUCAUGUGAUGUGUUCCUGUUUAUAUUGUUGUCACUGCAAGACCAAGGAUUGAAGGGGAUGUGGAAAACGAACCCCUCUUUUUAUAUAC